GGAGGCAGUGGUCACUGUGCAGCAGCACUGCGUGCAACAUACAAAGAAUUAAGAUGAUUGACAGUCGGCUAUCAGCACAGAGGAGGGCGAUGGGGAACCUUCCCGGAGACCGAGGCCAGCAGAAGACGAGCACCUACAUCGUGCCCUGCUUCCUCUUUGUGGAGCUGGUCAUCAUGGCAGGGACCGUUCUGUUGGCGUACUACUUUGAGUACACGGACACGUUCCCCGUGCACAUCCAGGGCUUCUUCUGCUUCGACAAAGCCUACUCCAAGCCGUACCCAGGACCAGAGGACAACAGCAAGGCGCCGCCCGUCCUCGUCUACUCCCUCGUCACCGCCAUCCCCACUGUGACGAUUCUAAUCGGGGAAGUGACCAGUUUCUUUGUGAAGACAGAGGGAGCCCAGGAGAAGACCAUAGUGACCGCUGACUGCUGCUAUUUCAACCCUCUCCUCCGUAGGAUCGUACGUUUUCUGGGUGUCUACUCCUUUGGCCUCUUCACCACCACCAUCUUUGCCAAUGCUGGUCAAGUGGUGACAGGAAACCAGACCCCUCAUUUCCUGUCUGCCUGCAAGCCAAACUACACAGCUCUGGGCUGCCAGUCUCCGCUGCAUUAUAUCACAGAGCGUCGAGCCUGCACAGGAAACCCAUACCUGGUGGCGUCCGCCCGAAAAUCCUUCCCUUCCAAAGACGCAGCUCUCAGCUUUUAUUCAGCCAUCUACACAGUGAUGUACGUCACCCUGGUUUUCCGGACCAAAGGGACCCGUCUGACCAAGCCCACCCUGUGCCUGGUGCUGCUGUCUCUGGCCGUGCUGGUGGGAGUGGUGAGGGUGACCGAACACAGGAACCACUGGAACGACGUCCUGGCUGGGUUUGUCACCGGAGGGGCCAUCGCUGCCUUCUUGGUGUCAUGUGUGAUCAACAAUUUUCAGCCAACCCAAAUAGCAGUGGCGACUCCUCCUCCUGCACAGCGUCCAGAGCCCUCCAUCGGGCUCCCUCUCCUCAGCCUGCCCCGUGUGGAGAGUCCACUCGAAAAGCUCCAGGGCUACCGUAUUCUGAGAUCACAUGACCAUCAGCCAAUCCCUUCCCCCGCCCCUCCCGAUGUUCUCCUCCCCUCACGGCGUUGCCUCACCAGCGCAGUCUAG